AUUGCCUUUUCUGACGAAGACCUCUGCGAGCACCUGGGUGGCUUUUGUUCGCCAUGGCAGCCCUUCAGGCCAUCAAACAAUUCCGCAAGCGAGAGCUGGCAAGCCUGCUGGCUUCCAGUUCAGUGUCCAGCAGUGCACCAUUCAAGGCUCCAAAUCCUUUCCUGCCACACAAAAACCCGGACACUGGGCGAUGGGCUCCGGCGAAAUACUCUCUUCGUCGCCAGGUGGAGCUGGUCAAGCACGCACGAGACAGUAAUACCCUUCAUCUUCUGCCGCCAGGUCCGAAGCUCGCCCCAAAGAUGAUUGCUGCGGCCGUGGAAGCGCAAGCUCUACGAUCGGAGUGGGAGUCCGCACUGCGGAACGAAUCGUGGGCGAAGGACGUGGACUGGGAGGGCGAGUUCAAGGAGAAGGAGGUUCCUGGUGCUGAUGUGGGGAAUACACUGUAUGCGGGAAGAUGGAGGAUGUUCAAGGGCCACAAGCACGAGCGGAUGAAGCCGAAGAGGCAGGAGACGACGAAACGAUUGAUGGCGGGCAUGGAGGCACGCAUCGAGCGUUUCAGGAGCACAUACCGCCGGAAGACACCCAGUCCACUCAGCCCUAUCCGGAACUCGAGCUACACCAAGCUACCGUUCUAGUAUAUGUGCUAAGCCAUCUAUUCCUUCAGUCAGCCACGAUGAAUGUGGAUUAUAUCUAUUCACAUGAUAUUCUCGUUGUUCAAUACGAUGCUCGCGAAAGGUCAAGUCCGCCUGCAGGUUGCAUUGUUCUAUGCGUGAAAUUCUGUGAUUCCCUCCAUAUGUGGCUUCGUGUUGUUGCAUAUGAUAGAGAGCUUGACAUGUUGGCGUGUUUUUCUGUGGCGGUGUGUUAAUCUUGCCUCCAACAACAUUCGGAGGUGUCUAUUUACCUAUACUUGUAUCACUUACUUCCCAACCG